CGCGCAUGGUUUAUUAGCCGCUUAAGCAUGCUGUUUCCUGAUUCCAUAUCGGGACACUCGUUGUGUGCCAGCAGAGCCACUUCUUUAGUGGCAGCCAGAGUAUUGGCCGAUCGUAUUCAAGCUAUGGGAGGUUGGAGCAGUGACUCCUUUCAUAUUUACAUCCGAAAAAAUCCAGCAUUAUUACAUGCACUUCUCUUCAAUGGACGCUCCAUUCAUGAUCGUGCAGUACCUUUUCAUUCUAUUUAA